AUGGAUGGGAGUUUCGUCGUGACAUCGGCUUCACUUCAGUCUCCACCUCAGAAACAGCCGAACGCCUUAACGAUGUUCAAGCUCGUGCUCCUGAUCGCGCUCUUCGGAGCUUCAGUUGCUCAAUUCACCUCCCCCUCCUACCUCUCCGGCCAAUGGGGCGUCGGCGGUCUGCAGGGUCAAUACAGCCUCGGCAGCACAGACCCGGGUUACGGUAUCGGAUCGCAAUAUGGCAUGAGCCCGCUGAACGGAUACGGUAGCGGUUACGGUAUCCAAUACCCCGGACAGUACGGCCAGUACCCCUACGGCCCCUUGAGCUCUGCUCUUGGACUCGGUGGAUACGGUAGCAUGUACGGCCUCGGCGGACUUCAGGGAUACGGAAGCCAGUACGGAAUGAUGCCCGGUUACGGUACCCAGUAUGGUCUCGGAGGGAUGACGCCGAUGUGCCUGACCGCCGACUUUCUGAUGAGACCCUCUGCUGCGCAAGUGUUGGAUGAGUGUGCACGCUUGAACUAUGACUUCCAACCUGUCCCAGAACACCGACGCCACAACACGAUUUUACUAUUGCCAAUCGGCCUUGAUGGCACCACCAGAGAGCGUGAAGUUUUUCCAUCCCUGAACGGCCUGACAGCCCGUAUCACGGACUGGACCAGCCAACAAUUCCAACCGAACCAUGACUUUAAAAUGGAGGCCAAAAAGGACCAGCUUGCGAUCGACGGAUGCCCGCUAUUUUGCCUAUGGCUUGAACUCAUCAGUCGUGAAAUUCAUUUUGACGACAUCAUCAUCCGCGACUACAAUUUUAACCCCGAAAAUCGAUACGAAAAUGCGCGCGAAUUGUCAAAUGAACGAAGAGGUUUAAGCGCAAUAUUCAGGGCCCAGUUUGACGUACUGGGCACUGAAGAUCGGGAGGAAAUAGCCAAAAAGCUGGAAACCAUCCUCCAAGACGCGUACUCGCCGAGAACUGACCUGCCCGAUUCUCCUUUUAAAGAUUCCCCCAAAGCUAAGGCGGUUGCCUGGAUCGCCGAAAACUUCCCUGACCUGAAGGGCGCCUUCUUCAAGCUUUUCGAGCUGGACACCCAGAUCCACCUGAGCUGCUUCAACUUUGCGCUGCAGAUGAUGGCCGAUGGGGAGACGUCGAGGCUCUCCAACUCCGAGGCCGUCCACUACUACACCAUGGCCAGGCGGAACCUCGAGGAAACGGCGAACAUCUUCACGUGUCGCACCUUUCUGGCGACGUUCACAAUCUCGGAUUCGCGCUCGGAGUGGCUGCAGUUUCGGAAGAUGAUCUUCCGCAAAGAUCUGCGCGAAUUUCGGGUCUACAAUAAGAAAUCAGUUUUUACAAAGCAGCAAAAAUCCCCCCUCGACACCGAAGCGCUACGUCGUGGCCUAGUGGACAAAAUUCGGGACGUGGAAAAAUUUCAAAAAGAAGAGGCGGAGCAGCUGGCCCGAAGAAGCUCCGGCGGGAGUCCGAGACUUUCCGAAGACAUCCUGCCGGACCCCAGCUACUGCUUUUUAUUCGACAAUCCACCACGAUUUCCCUGUAAGUGUGAAACCGAGUGUGAAUCGUUUCCCGUCGGAUACCCGGGCCAAGUCCAGCAUAAAAUCUUUGCCUGUACCACAGAGGAGCAAAUGCACUUUAUGAAGAGCUUCUCCUUCUAUGAGAGGGCCUUUCGAUACCUGGAAUAUUGGCCGGAAGUUCCGUCAAACCCGAUAUACCGGAUAUUACUUGACGAGCUGAUCGAGCAGAGCGACGAGAUGUGGGAAAACCUGGCCACUUAUUAUAUUGCUGUUGAUGGGGAAGGGAGAUUGAAGACCCAUGUCCUGGACAGGAAUAGCAAGAAGAAUUUUCUGGGUGAUAGAGCGAUUCCGGCACUUCGCGAUCAUGUGGGAGGGAACUGGAAGAAAGUGGGAAGCAUGGAAGCAGGAACCGAAUCGAUCGGCGCGAUUCGAGUAGACUUCUGCGAACUGGCGCCUAUUCUACGGAAAACUGCGAAAGUGUUCCAUCGCCUCGAAGCAGGGCAGAGCUUCCCGUCCAGGGUCCGGGACUGGUACUACAAGAUCAAGGAAACAAGCCACCAAGAAGUGCGUCGCGACAAGUUGGCCGACCAGAUCGACGCGUUCUGGACAAAACGGGGGCUUGUCGACGAUGAAUACACCUCACCGUACGUCUCGAGCCAGUUCGGCCUCAACGGACUGCAGGGACAGUACAGUAUCGGAGGCGGAUACCCGGGCUACGGUAUCGGAUCCCAGUAUGGGAUGAGCCCGUUGAGCGGAUACGGUAGCCAAUACGGCAUCUACCCCUACGGACAGAUGAGCCCCGCCUACGGACUCCAGGGAUACGGUAGCCCUUACGCUCUCGGAGGUAUCCGAGGAUACCCAAGCCAAUACGGACAGCUAUCCGGUUACGGUAGCCAAUACGGCCUCGGAGGGCUCCAGGGAUACGGUGGCCAAUACGGUAGCCAGUACUAUGGUAGCAAUGGACUGACGGGUGGCUACGGAAUAACAGGACUGCAAGGAGGAGUGUCGCGUAGCUGCUCUCUUCUCUCGGGCUGCGGAAUUGGAGAACGAUGCAACACCUGUGGAGUCAGGUGUGAGAAGCAGUGCUAUGGACCUCAGACGUCCUGCCCUCUCGUGAACUUGUGCAGCAACAGCCUGUCGGCCACCGCCAGUGGAGUCUGCGAAUGCCUGCCUGGAUUUGCUCGUAAUACGAAUGGACAGUGCGUCGCUGACAUCAGCUGCCAGGCCGAAUUCCUGCUCUACUACAUCGGAUUCACGCAAUGCUUCCGGUGGUACGGUAUCCUGUCCCUCGUCUGCUAUAUGGCCUUCCUACACCUCUGGUCGAUUUACGAUAUCUCGCGCUUCCGAAAGCUACCCGAGAAAACGUUUACGAUUAGUAUUUUUGGGAUACUGAUCUUUAGUGCAGCUGUUUGUGUCCCGUUAGUCACCCCAUUUGCGGGUUUUAUCUAUAACGCGGCAUAUCAUUAUUGGUCCUUCGACCCGCUAAAACCAGGCUUUGACUUGUACUCGUGGUGGAACUGGAUAUCACAGGGUAUCUGUUUAUUUUCGAUCAUCUCGGCCGAUUUGUACGUCAUUUACUUCCUACAAAAACACCGACAACGCCGAAAUAUCUCCAAAUCGGUCUCCUCGAAUACAGCAACUAUUGUGUUCGAGAAUAUUUCUGCAGCUUCGAGCACAAAACAUAUUGCUACUCUGCAUCUUGUAGUUUCCCAGGUCAUC